AUUUAUUGUUCAUUUUAUUUGUUAUAUUAUUUUUUAAUUUUAUUUUAUAUUUUAAAUGGAAUGUGCUUGGUACUAAUAACUAGAUUACUAGAUAUGUUGAUUUCAAAUGACUUUAGCUGUAGAAUAUCCUAGAUCCCACCUUCGGGAUUUCUUUGGCUUCAAAACUCCAAUCUUCAACUCCGAGGCCGAUUAUUCCCUUAUUCGGAUCCCAUUUGAACCCUCUUCCGAACCUUUGGAUACUCCAAUAUCAUGUGUAAGAAAUUUGAAGCUUUUUUCUUCUUUAAAGUUGACCAAACUUUUAAAUCUGCUAAAAAAUGACAUUUACAAGGCAGUUGAUGUUAUCUUCUCAGAUCUUGUUACAGCUUUGGUACUGAAACGCCUAGGAUAUCUGUCAACUCGCAACUACAGACUAUAUAAAGUUAUUUUAAAAUAUUUCGGGCCCUUCCUAUAUAGACCGUUGAGACUAAGAAAAUACUCUGAUUAUAGUAUUAAGUGUGAUAAAUCCGGUGAUUUUAAAAUUUGCAAGUGUUUAUUGAGGACUUCAAGAAGAAGUUUUUUAAAUGUAUUAUAUAAACUUCUAAACUCAUGUCUGUAUAUAAAAAGUUCAAUUCUGGGAUUUAAUAUCACUAUAAGUCAUAUACACACCGUAAUUUACUAUACUACUGUUGAUGUGGUUGAUGGUUACAAUACUAAGAAUUCAACACAUUAUUUAAGUGAUUCUCCCUUAGAUAAGGAGGAUUGGGAUACGCUAGACAUAUUAGAGUCUAGUACAUCAUUUGGAUACCUUAGAUUAUGUAAUUUUAUAUCUAAAGUGUUGUUUAAGAACAAUAAUGAUGUGGAUAUGUUAGUCUCAAGAGCUUCCACCUGGAGUAGAUUUGACACCAAAUAUAUUAAGGAAACAUUGAUUGCCUUAUUAUUUAUUAACAGUUUAAGAGUAAGAAAACCGGUUAAAAACAUAUUUUCAGAUUUUAAAAAAAUGUUAAAUUUUAACUUCAACUAUCACUGGAACCUUUUAUCAUCAGUUAACACUAAUAACUUAAACCUAUUUUUACCAUUUCUGACUCUGUUCCACUCAAUUAUUAAUAACGAAACAAGAACCUUUGAUCCACCUACGAGUAACAAUUAUGGGUUAAUACAUAGCAAGUGUUGGAUACCUAAAAACUUAAUAUUGGACUGUAAAUAUAAUUUACCCUAUGUAAGAUACUUGAUUUUAGUAGUCAAAUCGCUGUUGAAUGAUCCUACAAUCUCGAAUCUUCUUUCCUUAAUUGAUUUGUUUGUUCAUUACUUCAGUUACAGUACACUUAAAUUCGGCUUUCUAAAGUGCUCUAUUCCAUAUAAUUGCCUUAGGUGUACUUCAAUAUUUACGGAGGUUUACUGCGGGUUGAUGAACAUUUUAGAACGUAUGCGUCAACUGAGCUGUUAUUACCCACACCUAAAUCUGAUUAGAAUGUUGAUAAAAAAUGAGUUAAAUAGGCUAAAAACAAGUUUCUUCGUUUCUUUUAUUGAUGAGGACAUUUCAGACUUUUUAGUGAAUUACACUUUUAAGAAUAAUUUAAUCCCAGAUAUCUUGGAACGGAACUUGGUAAGAAGCCACUAUUCCCCCAAAUAUUCAAAGUACCUAAAGUACCUUUUCUGCUUCAAACUUCUGAAGAAAUGCCUAGAUAAUAAAUCCAGCAUAAUUAUUAAGGAGAAUAUAAUAGCAAACUCGUCAAAGUGUUCUUGGUUCUUAAUGUUACUUUUCUGUGUUGACACUCAUGUCAAGUCAGUUGAUCCUACUAUGGCAAUAAAUAAAACACUUUCUAACAGUACAUACUUACACUUGGAAAAUUUAAGCUAUAAACCUCCUAGAGAUCAUAAUUAUAAAUUUGUUUACUGUGGCAAUAACAUGCUGAACGAUCAAUUUGAGAUUAUUUAUAAUUUAUAUGUUGGGAAACUAUCAAUUCAUCAGUACCUAGACGCCUUUGAUAUUAGCGAUAAGCUUAAUAUUAUUCAGAGAACACAGUCAUGCUUAGUGCUUUCUAAGAACUUGGAUUAUGUUGAAAUGGUACUCGAACAACUUGUUCAAGCACUUGUCAUUGACCCUGGAGACAGAAUACUUAACUUGCUAUACAUAUCCCUCAAUGAUUUCAACGUCACUAGUAAGAUCUUCUACCACCUCUCAUGCCUUUUACAUUCCAACAUUAACAAUUCCACAAAUCACAAGAUUGUCACCUUCAUAAGGUUCAUAUUCAAUUUAUUGUCUGAAAAGGAUAGAAACAUAUACGGAAAUCAAAUUUUACUUCAUGGGCAACUAUUAAACCUCACGCUAAGAUUGGGUGAAUUGCCUUUGUCGAAGAGAUAUAAUGAGCUGAAUAGGAAGAUUUUGGAUAUCAGCGAAUCUAUAAACAACCAGCCGAACCUUUAUUUAUAUAAAGAUUCAUCGGAUAUACUCUACAAUGAUAAUAUUGAACUGAAUUCAACAAGCAGUGAAGGUAAUCCAUUAGGUCAAGUCCGUUCGAUACAAAAUGAACCUAAUUCCACAAGUUUUAAAUCAAAUUCCACUGAUGAGAGACUUAAUAAUAACUAUGUAAAGUUCAAUUUUAGCCUUAGUGAGUACGAUAAUAGAGAUAGUAGAUCCUUCUCUACCCUUAGUCAAUCAGACUCUUACGACGGCAAACUCUAUUUAAACUAUAGUGAACGUGAUCUCGAUGAAUCUGGGAGAAUUGUUGGAAUAAAUUUAGACUCAGUAAAGAUAUUAAAUUCGGCCACAAGAGCACCGUUCAUGGUCAGCUAUAAACUAACUGAUGGUACUGAGAGAACUUACAUUUAUAAGAUGAAAGAUGAUUUAAGACAAGACUGUUUAGCUAUUCAGAUGAAGCAGUUUCUACUCCAGAUAUUUUACAAUCACGAGUUGUUUGUCUAUCUGAGACCAUUUCUCGUUAUUCCCUACUCCCGAGUCCUGUUUGAAAUCUUCUCAAAGAGUAAAAUCAACGAUAUUUCACUGAGCAGUUAUUUUAACCCUAAAGGUUCCGAAAUUGGUGGAGUUGUGGGCUUUAUCCCGGACACUAUCAGCAGACAUAAUAUCGGAAAGGAAUUUGGUGUUCCCAUUAAGCACUUUUUCCUAAAGAGAUUUGGACACCAAUUCUCUCCCAACUACAUUAAAGCCGUUGACAACUUCAUCACUUCACUAGCAGGAUAUGCAUUACUCUCGUUUCUUCUUCAAGUAAAAGACAGGCAUAAUGGAAACUUGUUGUUUACAUCUAGUGGUCAUAUAAUUCACAUUGACUUUGGGUUUAUUCUCGGUGCUUCGCCUGCUAAGGACCUUCAGUUUGAACUCGCUCCAUUCAAAUUUACUCCUGAGAUGGUUGAUUUCAUGGGUGGUUCAAAAUCAGACAACUUUAAGCGGUUCAUUCACCUUCUUCUGAACUCUUACAUGGCUCUCAGAACUCAUUCAAAUCUUAUAAUAACUCUCGUGAAACUCUUACAGUAUUCCAACAUACCGUGUUUCCGGAAAUCUACUCUCAUGAAGUUAAAGAGGAGACUAAGGUUGAAUGACAGCCCAAAUGAGGCUAAGGAGUAUAUUAUGCGUAAAAUCUACUACGCCUUAAACAGCAAAACAACUAAGCUUUACGAUUUCGUUCAAAGCUAUCAACAGGGAAUUGAACACUAAUUUUUAAAUUUAAUAUUUUAAUAUUGAA